GGGGCCUGGUCCGCAAAGGGAAGAAAAGCAAAAGACGAAAAUGGCUAAAUUCGUUAUCCGCCCGGCCACUGCUGCCGACUGCAGUGAUAUCCUGCGGCUGAUCAAGGAAUUGGCUAAAUACGAAUACAUGGAAGAACAAGUAAUAUUAACUGAAAAAGAUCUGCUAGAAGAUGGUUUCGGAGAGCACCCCUUCUACCACUGCCUGGUUGCAGAAGUGCCCAAGGAGCAUCUAACUCCGGAAGGACACAGCAUUGUUGGUUUUGCCAUGUACUAUUUUACUUAUGACCCAUGGAUUGGCAAACUGUUGUAUCUUGAGGACUUCUUCGUGAUGAGUGAUUAUAGAGGCUUUGGCAUAGGAUCAGAAAUCCUGAAGAAUCUAAGCCAGGUUGCAAUGAAAUGUCGCUGCAGCAGCAUGCACUUCUUGGUAGCUGAGUGGAAUGAACCAUCUAUCAACUUCUACAAAAGAAGAGGUGCUUCUGAUCUGUCCAGCGAAGAGGGAUGGAGACUCUUCAAGAUCGACAAGGAGUACUUGCUAAAAAUGGCAGCAGAGGAAUGAGGAGUGCUGGUG